GGCCGUGUCCCCGGGGGCGGAGCUGCGGUCCCGGCGCGGUGCGGGCGCUCCGUGCCCCGGCAUGGCGCCCUAGGCGGCCGGCAGCAGGGCCGGGGGGGCGGCAUGGACCGGUACCGGUACUUCGUGUUCAACCAGCGGAGCAUGGUGGUGCUGGGGCUGCUCCAGCUGGCGCUCAGCGCCCUGUGCGUCGUCAGCGGCUUCGUGGACGGCGUCUUCAGGACGGAGUCCGUGCUGGGCAGAACCAGAGCCCCGGUCUGGGCCGGAAUGGUCAUGGGAGUCCCGGGCGUCCUGGCUUUGUUUUCCUCUCAGAGAAAGAACCCCGUUCUCGUGAAUGUGCUGAUAGCUGCGUCUAUAACCUCUUGUGUUGCCAUCCUCAUUGUAAUAGUUUAUAGCUCCCUAACGCUGGGCUAUGGUGAAGAGGAGGACCUAAGUUCUCACCCAGCCCACGUUAUCCAUACGAAGUUCGUACUUAGUAAAGUUGUCAAGGGUGCUAACAUCACGAUGCUCAUUGCAUCGAUCUGCAGUACUGUCGUUGUGACGAUUAUUGCUCACUUGGGAUGCCGAAGUCUUCCGUGCUGCUCAUGCUACGAUAGCAUAACUGGAAUGGAAUGGUUGCAACCUAGUGAGGACCAAAAUCAGGCUAUGGAGAUGGUUUGCGCUGUACGAAGUCCAGGAGACAGAAUUUUUGAUUUCCCAGAUCGGUUUCCAGUCCAGGACUUUGACACAGAGGAAGACACAUCCAAACCUCCACCAUACAUCAGAAUGACUUGAAAAAGUGAUAGAACAUUUUAAAGCUACUAGUCUAAAUGUGUAGCAAGAUGGAUGUGAGAAGUUCUUCAUCUUCAAGAUGGCCGUGCACUUUUCCUGGGCCUUUUAAAAAGCACCCACAGAAAGAACUAUUGACUGCCCAGUGGUCAGCAAAGAUCCCAGUGCAAAUGGAAAGACCUACAGAUAUUUUUGGAUGUUCAGACUUCGCAUAGUUUGAACUUCGGAUGUUCAGACUUUGCAUAGUUAAAAUACCUCAUUGUCUCUGGAAAGCAUGAGCUUUUUUUCCUCCAGCUUUUGCACUUAAUUCAUGUUUUAUUCCUCUAGAAUUCAUCACGCAGUUUGUCUAGCAGUGCUAGCCUUAUGCAUUCAAAUAUUAAAUACUAUUAAUUUUUAAAAGAAACUGGUUGUGGAGUGUUCCCCCCACUCUUAUCUUCUCCUCCUCACCCAUUGAAUUAUCUGUCAUGAAGGAUCCAGUUCAUUAUUCAGCUUCUGUGUACUUUCCCUCUCUCUUGGCAGGGCAGGGGCACGUAAAGUUAACGGCAUGAAACUUGGCUGAUGCCAUUCAGGCACCUCUGUCAAAAUGGGGUUUCUGGGGUGUGUUCAUGUCUUAGAUUUAGUGACGAAGUAUAGUGCUUGAAAUACAAUAGUUGCAGUAGCUCCACUUACAGAGUAACUAACCUACAUUGAAGUCAGUUUGGAGUUUCUCUGUUUUGACUUUGGAGACUGGAAGUU